AUGGAGAGCAGGUUACACAAAGCCGGUGAGGAUAUGUAUUGGGUGUUAUCGUGUGGAAUCGCAAAGUUUGUGGAUAAGCUCAUUGCUGAGUCAUCCUUUUUUUAUGCUAAUCGUGAUCUUCAAAGUAUUUGUGUUGAUUUUGGCAAGAGAACUGGUUGUGAGAUGAUGAAUACAGAGCAUAACUUGGGAUUGAGCAAGACUGAAAUUCCGUUAUAUGAUCCAACUCGUGCACAGAAGAUGGAGGAAUCAUUCUCUACUUUAUUUUGUGGUGAUUACUUGGUUGAAUUUGGUUUUACUUUAUCAAAUAUUGAGCGGUUAUGUGCAUUAGUAGGACCAACUAACAACAGGGUGUCUAUAUGUCAUGGUGGUGGUGCGGGUGUUGGUGGGUCUUGA